UUUCCCAUGAACGCAAUUCAACAGCUGAGAAAACAGAAGCUCAAAGCCAGCGUGUGUACUCUUUUGUGCCAGAGCACGCAGAGAGCGGUUAUGAAACGGACGUUGACAAAGAAAAUUUAAGAGUGACAGCACAAGUGCUCACGCUUAUGGAUCUGUUUUGUAGAAUCAAACGGAAUUGUUUGUUCGCAUUUACUUUUAAGGAUCUUACCCUUGCUGUUGUUUUUGAUGUUUUGCAGAAAGUUGAUCUCCUGUGGAUAAGGUGUUGAUGAUCUCCGAUCGUUUUUCUGCAUCCAUUGAUAGUGACUGUUUGUGGUGAAGGGCUCUUGUCAGAUACAAUCAUGGUGCUCAUUCUGGGUCGCCGUCUCAAUCAUGAGAACUCUGGUGGCAUGCCGGAAUCGCCAGGAAUCAAGCGUAAAGUCUUUGAAGUGGAGUCUAAGACCCUGAGUGAUGUGUUCAACUUCUCUUCUGGUUCCUCUCACUCUGAGAACGUUCUGCAGGUCUUCAACGAGUUCCGCGACAGCCGCCUAUUCACAGACGUGAUCAUUAGUGUCCAGGGUCGCGAGUUUCCGUGUCACCGUGCCGUGCUAUCGGCCUGCAGCAGUUACUUCCGUGCAAUGUUCUGCAACGACCACCGAGAGAGCCAUGAGAUGCUCGUGGAGAUCAACGGCAUCCAGGCUGACGCUAUGGACACGUUCUUGCAGUAUGUUUACACCGGUCGUGCCUGCAUCACCACGCACAACGUCCAGUUCCUCUUCGAGACCUCCAGCCUCUUCCAGAUCGUAAUUCUGAGGGAUGCUUGUGCAAAAUUCCUGGAAGAGCAGCUGGACCCCUGCAACUGCCUUGGGAUCCAGCGUUUCGCUGACGCCCACUCUCUCAAACAGCUUGCAAGUCGCUGCCGCACCUUCGCCUUGCUGAAUUUUCCAGAGGUGGCUCAGCAUGAAGAGUUUCUAGACCUCCACAAAGAUGAGCUGGAGGAAUACUUGGCCAGCGAUGAGCUGUCCAUUGGCAGGGAGGAGGUGGUGUUCGAGGCAGUGAUGCGUUGGGUCUACCAUGGCGUGGAGUACCGGAGACCCAUGCUGAAAGAUCUGCUACAACAUGUCCGAUUGCCUCUCCUGCACCCAAACUAUUUUGUACAGACGGUGGAAGGUGAUAAACUUAUCCAGAAUGCUCCAGAAUGUUACCAGCUGCUGCAUGAAGCACGUCGCUAUCACGUACUCGGCAAUGAGAUGAUGUCGCCACGAACCAGACCCCGCAGGUCUACUGGUUUCUCUGAAGUCAUUGUGGUGGUGGGAGGAUGUGAGCGAAUGGGGGGUUUCAAUCUGCCGUACACAGAAUGUUACGACCCUGUGACAGGAGAGUGGACGUCUCUUGCUAAACACCCUGAGUACACGAAGUCUGAGUAUGCAGUGUGCGCCCUCCGCAAUGAUAUCAUUGUGUCAGGUGGACGUAUCAACAGCAGUUACGUGUGGAUGUAUAACUCUCAGCUCAACGUCUGGAUCAGAGUGGCCUCUCUUAAUAAGGGUCGCUGGAGACACAAGAUGACCGUUCUACUGGGGAAGGUGUAUGCCAUUGGAGGUUAUGAUGGACAGUCUUGUCUCAGUAACGUGGAGGUGUACGACUUAUUCUCCAACCGUUGGACUGAGGUGGCUCCCAUGAAAGAAGCCGUUUCCUGCCCGGCGGUCACCACCUGUGCAGGAAAACUUUUCAUCAUUGGAGGACAACCCUCUGAAAACAGCUGCUCCAAUAAGGUCCAGUGUUAUGACCCAGAGACAGACAGCUGGCACCUGAAGGCUUGUAUUCCCAUCACCAAACCUAAUAUCUCUGCCGUUUCUCUCAACCACCUCAUCUACGUAUGCGGUGGCCUCACCAAGUCCAUCUACUGCUACGAUCCUUCACAGGACCACUGGAUGCAUGUGGGCCACACCUUCAGCAGACAGGAGAGUUGUGGUAUGUCAGUUUGCAAUGGAAAGAUCUACGUCCUGGGUGGACGAGGAGAAAACGGCGAAGCCUCUGACAACGUCGUGUGCUAUGACCCGGCCUCUGGCAUCAUCACAUCCACGGCUGCUAUGCCUCGACCCAUCUCCUACCACGGCUGUGUUACAAUACACCGUUUCAGCGAAAAACAACACAAAGCCUAAAGCAUCCGCAAACGCACAUGCAAACAUGGAGCUGUAGACUCUAACAUGCAUAUGAAAAAGACACUUACAUCACUUAUAUUGAGUGAUAACCUGAUUUCUAUACUUCGACACGCACUGUAGGUGUAGCACAAUGUUGAACUGCUAGAGUUUAUUACAUCAUCAUGCCAAAGCUGUUAUUAUCUAUAA